CUGAUGCACUCAAGGAAUGGUUUACAAAACAUCUAAAUGACCAAUGGAUUAGAGAUCGAACAUUCUAUCAAUUUCGGUUUGUUAAGCGUUCUAGAGACCAAGAAGAAUUUGAUCGACGAAAGAUUACUAUCUUGGAUGUUAAAGAGUUUCAGUCUGCCAUCGGAAUUACAAACUUGACUAUUGCAGAAACUGUCACAUCUUAUUUUCGAACACACUGGUUCGACGAUUAG